AUGAAAAAAAAAUGUGUUAAGUGUAAAAAAUUCGGCCAAAUAUUUACAUGCAAUGGAUGUCGAGAAUUAUAUUGUGAUAAACAUAUUGCUGAACAUCGUGAAGAAUUAUCGCGUAAGAUGGAUGAAUUUGACAAAGAUUAUCAUCAUUUUCAAGAAGAUUUAAAUGAAAAUGGGAUUAUUCAAACUUAUCUAUCUCGUAUUGAUCAGUGGGAACUGGAUUCAAUGAAAAAAAUUAGAAAAGCCGCUGAAACAGCUCGCCAUGAUUUAUCGAAAAUGUUCGAUCGAAUGAAAAAUCAAUUGAAAACAACUUGCAAUGAAAUAAAUGUUGAUAUAGAAUCAAAACAACAAGAAAAGAAGUAUUCAGAAACCGAUCUAAAUAAAUGGAUCGAACAAUUAGAGCAACUACGAAAUAUUCAUAAAACUUCAUUUACUGAUGAGAUUAUUGAUGAACAACAAUCGUCGAUUCAAAUGAUUAAAAUUGUCGAUAGAAACGAAUCGUUUUCGAUUGAUGAAUUUCACUCGUACCCUCCGGAAAAAUUCGAUAAAAUCGUCGGUAAAAUUACUCUAUCCGAUGGGCAACGUACAGCAAAAUGUUCAGGACGUAAAUGGAACGGUUCAGAUGUUAGCGGUAAAAAUCUCUACUCAUUGGGUGUUCAUACUAUUCGUUUUCGAGUUAAAAUCGAAGGAAAAAAUAAUCCUUUCUUCGGUAUUACGUCGUCUGUAACAGCAUUGAAUCCGUAUAAUCAAAAAACUCCCUAUGCUUACGGUUGGUGGGAAUUACCGCUCGAUAAAAAUGAACCAGACAAAAGCAAAGAUCAAUCUAUUCGAACAGACGAUGAACUAACAUUAACAUUAGAUUGUAUUAAUAGUCAAAUUCAAUUUGAACAUCAUCGAACUAAAAAAAUUGUUUAUGAAUCUAUUGCACACGAACUAUGUCCUCUUCCAUGGAAAGUUGCAAUUGUUUUGUAUUCUCCAGGUGAUUCUGUUAGUAUUUUAUCAUAA